GUAACAAUUCAUCAAAUACCUCCUGUGUCCCACCGUCACUCUCUCUUUUACGUCGUCGUUUUAAUGGCUGCUCUUAAGGCCGUUCAUGUCUCCGACGUACCCAAUCUCGACCAGGUCCCCGAGAAUGCUUCCGUAGCUCUCUACUCCACCCGCUUCUCCACAGGGGUGGAGAUGAAUAAAGUAGCGUACAGGAUUCCCAAGUUUUUGGUGAUAGGCCACAGAGGGAACGGAAUGAACGUGUUACAAUCAGGUGAUCGAAGAAUGACAGCCAUUAAAGAGAACUCAAUUGUCUCCUUCAACGCCGCCGGGAAGUUCCCCGUCGAUUUCGUCGAGUUUGAUGUUCAGGUGACCAAAGAUGGCUGUCCUGUUAUUUUCCACGACGACAUCAUCCUAUCUGAAGAUAAUGGUAUUGUGUUUGAGAAGAGGGUGACAGAGCUGACCCUAUCAGAGUUCUUAUGCUAUGGUCCUCAAAGAGAGGAAGGAAAAAAGGGAAACAAACUAAUGAGGAAAACAAAAGAUGGGAAGAUAAUGGAGUGGAAUGUUGAGACUGAUGAUUCUCUAUGUACACUCCAAGAAGUAUUUCAACAAGUUAAGCCUUCUUUGGGCUUCAAUAUUGAGUUGAAGUUUGAUGAUCACAUUGUCUAUGGACAGGACCAUCUCUCCAAUGUCCUUCAAGCAGUCUUGCAGGUGGUGUUUGAGCAUGCAAAAGACAGACCAAUCAUAUUCUCCUCCUUUCAACCAGAUGCUGUCCUGCUUGUGAGGAAAUUACAAUGUGUAUACCCUGUUUUCUUCUUGACAAAUGGAGGAACUGAGCUAUACUAUGAUGUGAGGAGGAACUCGUUGGAGGAGGCCAUGAAAUUGUGUUUGGAGGGUGGGUUACAGGGCAUUGUCUCUGAAGUGAAAGGGGUUUUCAGAAACCCUGGUGCUGUUAACAAGAUCAAAGAGGCCAAGCUUUCUCUGCUCACAUAUGGGAAAUUGAAUAAUGUGUGGGAAGCAGUAUACAUGCAACAUCUGAUGGGGAUUGAUGGAGUAAUAUGUGAUCUUGUAAAAGAGAUAACAGAGGCAGUGGCCGACAUGAUACCACAAUCAUCAAACUUAGGAGAAGGAGAGAGUUUAUCCAAUAGAGAAGGGAAGACAAGGCCUCAGUUCUCAGACAAGGAGCUUUCAUUUCUUUUCAAGCUCAUUCCAGAAUUGAUACAGCUCUAAAUUCUAACACAAGGCUUUAAUUUGUUUGCUUUUGCAUAACUUUACCCAUUUUUUAUGGGCCUAUGUAUAUAAAUUCACACUUUCAUUUUUUUUUCCUUUGUUGGGUUUCCAAUCUCUUGGGCCUUAGAGAGUGAAGACUAAUAUACAAAACGAAAAUCUAAGUAAUGGUAA